CUUUUUCCUUAAAAAUUAACCCGAUUGUUUUUAUCUUAAUCAAUGUGAUUACUAAUUAAUUUGCUAUUUUUAUUAAUUAAUCUUUUUAAUUGUAACAACAAUCAUCUCUGUGUUAACUUUAUCUGGAACCAUUUUUGUUGUGUCUUCAUUAAUUUUUCUGUUUUCUUAUAAAGAUUUUAUUCCAUUUUUUUCUCUUUGUGAUUUUUGUGUUUGAACUUUGGGAUUAUUGUUACAAGAAAGGUGGAAGAAGAUAAAAAAUGCCUUCAACCAGUAGAAAUGACAAAAGAAAAACUUUAAAUAAUUUUGCUCGUAUUAAUAUGGGAAAUGGAUUCCAUGAUGAAAUUAUUGAAGAAAAUUGUGACUUUAAAGAACAUGAAAGUGAAACUGAGGAUAGAGAAAAAUUAAUUGAAUUUAUCCGAUGUAACCGUCGUGAGGAAAAUAGUACCAUUGAUGAUGAUUCCAAUCUUGGACAAUUGGUGAUGGAAAAAAGCCAAGAAGUUGUUGAUAAAUUUAUGGAAACAAUGUCAUCCGUUGCUGAAAAAUGGGCUUACCUUGGUUUAAGUAGAGUCUGUUUAGAGAAACGUCUUGAUUCAAUUUUAAAUAUGGUGGUUGAUUUAUAUACUGAUGCCGAGAAAUGGGAAGAUGAAUUGGUUAGAUAUCUAAUGCAAGAGAAGGAUAUUAUGGAGAAAAACUUGAGAAAUUUAUCCAAAGAUCUUAAUCUACCUGAUUAUGAGCCACCUCAAGGUGGUAGAUUUAUGGAUAUGCUUAAUGAUAUAAUGGUUAGACAUGAAGAACUUCAAUUUAUCAAGAAAGAGCGUGUUACCAAGUGGAGUGAAUUUCUUAAUCAGAAAUUAUCACUUUGUAAAACAUUGGGUCUUUCAGAAGAGAUGCCAAGAUUAUCUAAUUCAUUUAUACCUUCAGAAAAUGAUAUUCAAGGAUUACAAUCAAGUGUCAUGGAAUUGAAGAAAACUUAUAACAAGAGGCAAAAGGUUUAUAUUGUUAACAAAAAAUCUAUCCUACAAUUAGCUACUGAACUUGAAAUGGAUCGUGAUUGUCGAGAUAUUGUCAAGUUUACUGGUCAUGAAGAAACUUCUGUCAUCUUAUCUGAAAGUUUCAUCAAGGAACAAGAAUCUUAUAUGUGUCACCUACAAGAGGAAUAUGAUGCCAAUGAGAAGCGUAAGAUUAUGUUGGAAGAGCGAUUAAAUCAACUAUGGGAUAAAUUGGAGAUUGAUGUUUAUACCAGAAGACAAGAAUUGAAUGGUAUCGUUGGAUGGAAACCAAGUGAACUUGAAAAAUUGAAACAAUUGGUUGAUAAAUAUGAAGAGAUUAAGAAGCAAAAUAUGGGAAAAUUUAUUGAUAAACUUCGAUGUGAAAUUCGUGAAUAUUGGAAAAAAAUCUAUGCCUCACCUGAAGAGGAAGAAGAAUUUGAUAUUUAUAUGUGCGAAGAAGAUUGUACCGAAGCUCUUCUAACCGCUCACGAGGAUGAACUUGCUCGACUUAAGGGUCGUUACCAUGAAAAUCGUGAAUUAUUUGAAUCACUGGACACAUGGUUAGAGUGUUGGGUUAAAUAUUUGGAUUUGGAGAAAAAGAUGAACGAUCCAAAUAGAUUUAACAAUCGUGGUGGUGUUUUACUCAAACAGGAAAAGGAAAAGAAACGAACUCAAAAAGAACUAACCAAAUGUGAAAAGGACAUUCGAUUGUUAUCCGAAAAAUGGUCAAUAGACAAUUUUGGUGCCCCUUUUCUGGUUGGUGGUCAACCUGUUUUAGAAUUUAUUGAAUGUCAAAAGAAUCAUCAUCAAGUCAUCAAGGAAAAUGAAAAAAAGGAAAGGCUAAAGACCAAAAACGAUUACGAUACUAAAAGUCGGAAACUUCAACUUACCAAUUCAAAGCCAACACCCAAUUUACUUCAUCGAACUCCAACUAAACAGUCUGUUAAUAAUACUCCUGCUUCGGGUGUUAAAUCAUCUUGCGAUAUGCAACGUCGAUUGCAAACAUCAACUAAACCAUUGUCACCAGUUAAUCGUGAAUUAAGAUCAACUCGACCUCGAACUCAAGUUCAACGUUUAGGUGUUGAAAAUAGAUGUAACUCAAGUGACAGAAGACGAGCAACUCCGGGCGGUGGAAGUAUAAAGACAACUCCAAGUAUUCCCACCAUUGUUUACGGUGGUGUAGCUAAAAGUGUUGGUCUUGAUCAAUUGAUUGACGAAGAUCGAUUCAGAGCUCUCCUUCAAGAUCGUAAACAUGAAACACUCGAAAGCACCGGUUUGUCCAAAAAGACUUUUGUAUAUUUCCAACAGAGUCGAGAUAAUUCACCAGUAAAUCAAACUCUCCGAGACAAUCAUUCGAAAAUUGUUCCAAGUUCAGGAUAUGGAACAUUGAAUAGAAGGAAAAGUCGCUCAUAUACUGUUCUCUCUCUUAAAAAUGUCGGCGAUUUCGAUGAGCCCUUGUAUCGACCAACAUCACCAAAGUUAACUAGAUGGGGAUCAGCCCAAUCUGUAAAAAGCAACAAAAGUUUAAGGAACGGUGUCUUCUCACCAAGGCCACCUUUCCGUCCUUAAUCAACAACCGAUCAACUUAAAAACCAAAUGACAAAUCAAAUUGAACUUAACCUGAUCAAGGAUCACUUUUGCUUUCAUUUUGAAUUUUCUAUUUCCACUUUAAAACAAACAAACACUACCGGUCAAGUCAAAGUUUCCAAAAGGCCUAAAGCAAAUCACCAAUUAGACCUGUUUCACGAUCUCUGCUGAGAGAUGCAUCAUUCAUCCUUAACAAUUUAUUUACUCAAUUUUUUUCUUCAACUUUGAUCUUGACGAACAAACAAAACCCACUGUUGGCUCAUUGAACAAAACUCAGGCCAAAACAUUUCCGCCUCCAAAUCCGAUCCUCUUCGAUAUUGCAUAUUACUUCCGUUUCCAUAUAUAUUUUUAACAGAAAGUUUUUGAUUCUUAAUAAUCCUUUAUACUCACUAAUUCUCUCUCUCUCUCUCUCUAUCUUUAUAUUAUUAUAACUUCUUAUUAUUUGUAUCAUUUUCUCAUCUUGUAAAUUUGUCUCCAUACAAAGACGUUGAGCAAACUCAAUUACAUUAAAAAGAGUUUAUUCUAUUGGUCAAAUUAA